AUGUCGAGCGGGAUACGUUUUGUAAAAGCGUCGCAGAAAUUUCUUACAACUCCAGCGGGUGAUAGGGUGUUGGCGGCGGACUUCGGCUCGCUCUGGAAUUCAUCGGACGGUGGAUCUGAACCCCAAAAAGAUGCUCACCCUAACCACGUCGAGAUCGUGCAGCUCGACGACUCCACCAGCGAGAUCCUACCCGCCCACCAAGCUCAUCUUCGUGCCCGACAAGGAGUGCCAGCACCCCGAUUUGCUCACCUCCUCCGCCUCUGUCAGAUCUCCGAUUCCGACGGCGGCCGCCGCAUGGAGCUCAAGAGCCUGCUGAACAACUGUCGUAACAGCGAGUUCUCCGGGCCACUCACCUCGUUCGACUGGAACGAGGCCGAGCCGCAGAGGAUAGGCACCUCCAUCUCAAGCCUUGUCGCCGCACGCAAUGCAUUGGCCAAAGUUGAACAAACCAAAGCUAAACAAAUCAUCGAUGUUGGGCACAGAAAGCCAUAG